CCAACUUAGUUUUCCUCAUUUCUCAGCCUUGUUCAAUAUGGAUGAUUGAAUUUAAGACAAGCAAAUGGCGUAGAACUUAUUUUAUUUUACUUUUUUGUUUGUUUUUCGUCUUUACAAAUGGGUAGAGUUAAAAAUGGGUUUGGUGAAUGGUGAGGUUAACUCAAUUGGUUCCCUUCCUUUUUCAGAAUAAGUCCCUGCAGCUUUUUAGUGCCACUCCUGGUCUACUAUUUCAAUUGGCUCCAAACACUUUUCGUUGAUGUUCUAAAACCUUUUUCAGGGAUUUCUAGUUUUCAGUUCUUCAUCUGCGCUUCGAAACCAAAGAUAAAUAUGGUUAAAGCCAUCAGGGUUUAUGAACUUGGUGGACCUGAGGUUUUGAAAUGGGAGGAUGUGGAAAUAGGAGAGCCAAGUGAGGGCGAGAUUCGCGUGAAAAACAAGGCCAUUGGUCUUAAUUUCGUUGAUGUGUACUUCCGCAAAGGGGUUUAUAAAGCUGCUUCAUUUCCCUUUACUCCAGGUGUGGAAGCUGUUGGGGUUGUGACAGCAGUUGGACCUGGAGUAACAGGCAGGCAAGUUGGUGAUCUUGUAGCUUAUGCUGGUAGGCCAAUAGGCUCAUAUGCUGAAGAGCAGAUCCUUCCUGCAAAUAUAGUUGUUCCUGUUCCUUCUUCUAUUGAUCCUGUUAUUGUAGCAUCUGUUCUUGCAAAGGGCAUGACAACUCAGUUUCUAGUUUCACGUUGUUUCAAGGUUGAAAAAGGACAUACAGUUCUCGUUCAUGCAGCAGCUGGUGGAGUUGGAUCUCUGUUAUGCCAGUGGGCUAAUGCUCUUGGAGCCACUGUCAUUGGAACUGUCUCAACUAAAGAGAAAGCAGCUCAAGCCAAGGAAGAUGGAGCUCACCAUGUUAUCAUCUAUACAGAAGAGGAUUUUGUCACCCGCGUAAAUGAGAUAACAUCUGGCAAUGGGGUUGAUGUUGUCUAUGAUUCUGUAGGGAAGGAUACCUUUGAGGGAUCGUUGGCAUGCUUAAAACUUCGUGGAUACAUGGUGUGUUUUGGGCAGUCAUCAGGUAUCCCAGAUCCAGUACCAUUAUCAGCUCUUGCAGCGAAAUCACUGUACAUAACAAGGCCUUCCAUGAUGCAAUACACAGCUACUAGAGAGGAGCUAUUGGAGACCGCAGGAGAGGUUUUUACAAAUGUUGCAUCAGGAGCAUUGAGGGUUCGAGUAAAUCAUACAUACCCUUUGUCUCAGGCAGCGCAAGCACAUGCAGAUCUUGAGGGUAGGAAAACUUCUGGAUCAAUUGUUCUGAUACCUUAGGAGACCUCCAACAGGAAAGUUUUUUUAAUUUCCAACUGUCUCCUUGUUAAGAAAGAAGGAAUUACAUGGGUUGGUUGUUAUUGUGCAUUUUGUAAGUUAAAAUUGUGCUGUGUUUGGGAUGACCGUUUGCUUGUUCUAGGUGUGCUAAAUAUGCAAUUUCUGCGAGUGUUAUCCA